CAUAGUAAGAGUCAAUGCAGUACAGAUACAAUAACUUUUUUAAGGUAUACAAAUUUACAUUUCCCACAUUUGUUCACAGUUUAAUCAUUAACCUUAGAUCUUGGCUUGUGAGCGGUGUUUCACCACCUAGUUGUUUGGCAGUUGAUCAUGGUCUCGGGUGGUGUGGGUUGAGCAUAACCGGGCUUGGCCCGGGGGUCUGUUUACUGCUUGCACUAGUAGUGUUGCCUUAUAGGGGGGGGGGGGUGAAGAGGGUUCUGGGGGGAAGGGGGUUGAGUGCCGGGUGGGUUGAGUGUAGUGUUUAUAUUGUUCCGUGUGUAUGUGGGUGUGUUCUGCCUCCAGUCGGGAAGGUUCUCAUUCCAGCCUGAGGAGUAUGAUUAUGUAUCAGGUUCGGUUGGGUUUGUGUUUGUCCCACAGUUCCUACGCUUUGAUCCAGUAGGGGUUUUUCUGUUGUACUUUUCGUGCCAUAGUUUCAUAAGCUUUGGUGGUCUCAAUCGCCUCGAUACACUGGUUGGUCAUUGGAGUGGUUGUCUGAUUCCACCUCCUGCUAAUAAUGGUGAGAGCCGCAAUGAGAAUGUGGUAUAGUAGUAACCUGAGGUGAGUGUGUGGCUCGUGUGGGAGCAUGAGUAAAAAGCCAGUUCUGCUGUACGGAGGGAUAAUCCACUUAACUGGAUAUUUUAGUGGGAGUAUCCCUCUCGUGCAGCAGUGCAUGGUAGAAGAAAUGUCUUGGUUGUUAAGUCUCCCAUGUAGUCCCCUACUGUACAACCACUGUAAAGUCAGAAAGGAAACUCCUUGCAUGGGGAACCACAUAAGUACUGUGCCUUGUGAUUAAAACCUCAGUUGACUCCGAGUUGAACAGCGCAGUGAAUCCGCAGGAGAGGGGGCAGUGAGGAAGCAGAGCUUGCCCGAAUCUUUAAUCUCAAGAGUCAUCGUCGGAUCACGGCUAUUUCAGAAUUCACUAUGGACAAGGCUGAAUUAAUUCAGAAGGCCAAACUGUCAGAACAGGCUGAGCGUUAUGAUGAUAUGGCUGCCGCAAUGAAGGCAGUGACAGAGCAAGGAGGAGAACUAAGUAACGAAGAAAGGAACCUGCUCUCUGUUGCCUACAAAAAUGUGGUUGGUGCCCACCGCUCUUCCUGGCAUGUGAUUUCUAGUAUUGAACAAAAAACAGAGGUCAAUGAGAAGAAGCAACAGAUGGCAAAAGCAAGGUUUUCUACUUGAAAAUGAAAGGAGAUUAUUAUUGGUACCUUUCAGAAGUAACAUCUGGUGAAAAAAGCCAGAAACUGUAGCUUGCUCUCAACAAUCUUACCAGGAAGCUUUUGAAAUUAGCAAGACCGAGAUGCAGCCAACACACCCCAUUCGACUUGGAUUGGCUCUAAACUUCUCAGUGUUUUAUUAUGACAUUCUCAAUUCCCCCGAGAAAGCAUGCAGUCUAGCAAAAGCAGCAUUUGAUGAAGCAAUAGCUGAGCUGGACACACUGAAUGAGGAGUCUUACAAAGACAGCACUCUUAUCAUGCAGCUACUAAGGGGCAAUCUUACAUUAUGGACCUCAGAAAACCAGGGAGAAGAGGCUGAUAAUGUAGAGGGAGACAACUAA